CCUUUUUCUAUACAGUCCUUCGAUGCAAGUGGCGCCGUCGAAGACCCUGACGAAGCCGGCAGGCAAAGACCGCGGCCGUCUCGCGGCCAGCAGCGUGGAUCUAUGGGCUAUCGGCAUCACGAUCGUCAUUGGCGGGCAGUUCUUCUCGUGGAAUGCUGGCCUCGUGGUCGGUACCGUGGGGUUUGGGCUCGCGGUGGGGGUCGUGGGGGUUGCGUACCUGUGCUUGGCUUGUUCGAUGGCUGAAAUGUCGAGCAUGCUGCCGUUUGCGGGGGGCGUCUACGGGUUGUCAAGGUGCACGCUGGGGUUUUACGCAGGGUUCAUCUUGGGCUGCUGCGAAAUCCUAGAGUACGUGCUGUACGUAGCCAGUGUCAAUGUCAUGUUGGGCAAGACUGUGGUGGGGCAGUGGUCUGAGCUGGAGCCGUUCCAGCCAAUUGUGUGGAUGAUCUCGCAUGCGCUCGCCAUCGCAAUGCUCAUCGUGGGCGGCCAAGUGUUUUGGCGGGCCAACCUCGUGUUGGCGCUGAUUUUAGUCGUUCAAGUCGUCGUGUUUAUAGGCGGUAGCGCGCCGUCCGUCAACUUUUCCGCCUACGCGGGGGGACCUGAGCACUACUUUCAAGGCUCCGCGUCGGACUGGGUGGCGACCCUCCCCACAGCCAUGUGGUUGUACGCAGGGAUUGAAUCUAUCAACACCCUUUCCAACGACGUCGACAACCCCCGGGGGGCCAUUCCUAAGGGUCAAAUGAGUGCCAUGACAACCGUGUUCCUAUCGUCCGUUGGCAUUUACAUCAUUGCCAUUGGCUUGCCGCCUGGCAUUGACGCAUUGCCAUCUACCCGCGCGAUCUUCAACGGGGGGUACCACACCCUCUUUAACCUGUCGGACACCCACACCACGCUGCUGUCGAUUCCCGCGUGCUUUUCGUCGACGCCGGGGUUUCUCUUUGCCUCCGGAAACAUUCUGUCGGCAAUGGCCGAGUCGAAAUUGUUUCCCCGCGCGCUGUGCCGCCGCCACGUCACGUACGGCACGCCCAUCUACGCCCUCCUGGUCACUUCGGCGAUGAGUUUCGGCCUUUGCUUUGGGGAAAUGUAUGCGCUCGACGCAGCCAGGGUGUUCUACCACUCCAGCAUGUUCUUUGGUACGGCUGCGUACACGGCGCAAUGCGUCGGGUAUGUGUUCCUCAAGAAACGCUACAAGAACAUACCGCGAACAUUCCGCAGCCCGCUAGGCGUCGCCGGGGCGGGGGUCGCCAUCUGCGUGUUUACCCUGUGUGCCCUGUCCAUCCUCAUGUUCCAAGAUACGCAGACAGGGACCUCCAAGGCGGCCAUGGUGGUGGUGUUGGCGGUGCUGUCCAUGUAUUACCACCUGUUUGCCAAAUCCAGGCAAACAAUCUCAGACGACGAGCAAAAGCUGCUCUUUUUCGCCCACGUUGCCAAGCACAACAACUCCAAGAAACGGAACCGCAUGACGCCUCGAAAGCGGUUGCUGCAAACCGCGGUCAAGGUGCUCAUGCUAGGUGGCCGUAGCCCCCCCACAGCCGCGGCGACGUCCGCCACCACCACCACACGCCGAGCCAGCAUCGCCACUGCCGUGACUGCGUUUAGAAACCUCCCCAACCGCCCAGCUAUACCCGACGCCCCACCCGGUACAAAGCCACCCCCAACUGGAUCGAAUGCUAACCCAACGCUGCGAUGCUGAAUGUGCCCCCCCAUGUGUACACAAUCCGUCGGUCGACCCACCCCCACCAAACUCGAUUUGUUGUUGUCUCAUUCCCCGCGACUACCUAGUAUGACCAGUCCCUACGACGACUAGUACUAGUACUACUACUACUACGACCCCAGCUGCUGUUUCGCCGCUGGUGAGGAAGACGUAUCGACGGGGGGUAAACACAUGGGACUAGUAGCGCUUAACGUCGGUCGUACAAGGCGCCUGUGUGGAUAUAGUGGGAACAUCUCGUUUGGUCGUGUGCUGCGUGGUUUUGGACGUGGAUGGUGGCCCAACUUGUAACAUGCGACGAUGUAACAACUUGUACAUGUUUGCCAGUCGGCCUCGCUGCUUUCGAUGCUUGUGUUUGGCGCCGUUGUGGUUGGCUACCACGUAAAUACUUAUAUACAUAUACAGUAUAUGACCAACCUACUGUAUAUGACCAACCGUGUAGUAAACCCCAUCAAGUCGUACGUACCCACAUGCACGAAGAACAGGACUUUGCGUUCGUCUUCCGACAUGAUUUGCCUCGUCUUGGCAUAUCCGUGGUAAUAGAUAGACAACGCCACGACGAAUGCCACCAUGAUCACAUGCGCCGCAUGGCCGUCGUCUUGAAAAAACGCAAUCGAAAGGACACACAACGUAAACGUGAGGGCGGCAAAGACGGCGCCGGCGACCCCGAACGGACUCGUAAACGUGCGGGGCAUGGAAGGGUACCAUUUCUUCAAAAAUAAGUACCCGACACACUGCGACGUGUAGGCCAGACAGCCAAAGAACAUGGCGAGCAAGUAAAAAACGGCGUCGACGCCGGGGUGGAAGAACACAAAGAAGCACAGGCCAAAGCUCGCGAGGGUCGUACAGCACAGCGCCCGGAUGGGGGUGCCGAGCGAGAAGUGGCGCCGAUGGAGGAAGUGCGGAAGCAGCUUCGAGUCGGCGAGAGCUGUGACGAUGUUCCCGGACGCUAGGAGGAACCCCGGGGUGGACGCAUAACACGCUGGAAUCGACAGAAGUGUGGCGGCGUCGUCGUGCAAGUUGAAUAUUUGGACGAACCCGCCGUUGAAGAUAGACAGCACCGUCGGCAGUUGCCGCACGCCAGGGGGGAGGCUCAGGGACAUGACGUAAAUGGCCGUGGCCGUGACGAGCAGCGUGGCCAUCGCCGCCACCUGACCUUUGGGGAUAGUCGUCUUGGGGUUGGUCACUUCGUUGGGCAGCGUGUUGAGGGCUUCGAUGCCAGUGAAGAACCACAUUGCCAUUGGGAACGCGCGGACGAAAUCGAACACGGAUGACCCGUGAAACAGCCAGUCCGACCCGCCCCCAUGCUCCCAUAGGUUGGCGUACGAAGCCGAGCCAACGCAAUACAUCAACACAAACCCGACGAGGGCGAUGGCUAAGGCCAAGUUGAACCGCCAAAACACUUUGCCGCCCACACAUAGAAUGGCCAGGGAGAAAGCGUGGGACGCGAACCACACCACCGGCUCGUACGGCUAAGUGGCCACCACGCCGACACCAGGCGACCGAGUGUCACAUUCACACUGACCACAUACAGCAAAUACUCUAGGAUUUCGCAGCAGCCCAAGAUGAACCCUGCGUAAAACCCCAGCGUGCACCUUGACAACCCGUGGACGCCCCCCGCAAACGGCAGCAUGCUCGACAUUUCAGCCAUCGAACAAGCCAAGCACAGGUACGCAACCCCCACGACCCCCACCGCGAGCCCAAACCCCACGGUACCGACCACGAGGCCAGCAUUCCACGAGAAGAACUGCCCGCCAAUGACGAUCGUGAUGCCGAUAGCCCAUAGAUCCACGCUGCUGGCCGCGAGACGGCCGCGGUCUUUGCCUGCCUGCUUCGUCAGGGUCUCCGAUGGCACCACUUGCAUGCAAAACUAAUUUCACGACUAAGGAUAAGGUGGUG